UCUAAAGCUUACCUAAGCUUAUUCUCUCUGAAGAAAAGCAUGUAUACACUGGAGUCCAGAAUGCCCCACCCUGUUUUUGGUGCUCUAUUUGCUCCUUGCUGACUGACAGGGACAGGAUGGGCCAUAUAUAUUUUCCCCCUGUAGAUUGAGAGGAUCAGGUGUGUUUGCUUUUGAAUCUGAAAAGUAGUGUCAUCCAAUCUUGAUUUUCAUUUUGAUGCUCAAAGGUAACAUAAAGCUGGAUGCCAGGGAAGAACACCUUCUUAGUAAGGAAGGAAAAAAAAAAAAAAAGCCAACCCUGCACUUCUCAGUGAUUGGGAUUCACUGUUGUUGCUGGGUGGAACUGAGUAAUGCUGUUGUUGCUCCUGCCUCUGCACAGUGAUGUUUCUGUUCCAGUUUUUGCUGACUCAUAUGCAAGAAAACACAACGAACAGACACAAGGCACUGUAACUCUUAUUCUUUCCCCCACCAACCUCGAAAUUUUCUGUAGCUCAUGCAAUAAAUGGCUGAGAAAGCAGACAUAAUACCAAUAGAUGAAGAGAAAAUCCAAAAUAACAGUAAGGAAGACCCAUUUCCCACUUGUGAUGUUGUAACAGCAUCCCCUGGUUGCCCUGCCAGUCUGGUUUUGGCCAGCUUCAAUGAAGACAAGGGAAGUUCAGUGGUGCCAGAAAGACUGUCUGUCCUCUCUAGCAAGGCUGUGGCCCAAGCAAAAGCCCUUGCUGGUCCAGAGAUCAUCAGUGGCAGCCAGGCACAGAGCAGGGCCUCUGGGUUGGCAAAGUACCAGCUGACAGCUGUAAACGCACCAGCAGGGGGCUCGUUGUACCCCUUGGCAGUCUGUAAACUCAAGCCUGUGGACAUCACUUCACUACGCUCCAAAAGCCUCUGCUGCGACUGCAACCAGGAUUUGGAGGUACCACAUCCCCCUGAGGUGUCCAAGGUGGCUGGCGAGCCUCCCGAGGCAGUGAAGAACCUUAGGUGCUGCCACGUGCAGGGUGCCAGCACACAGUAUGCAGGGAGCGGCACUAAGGGCAUUGUGGCCCCUUGCAGUCUGGGCCUGGCCAUUUGGAUGAAGACCACAAAAGUAAUGGAGACUUUAGAAAAUAAGAAAAAGGAAGAAAAGGAGAAGUACCGGCUCCAGCUAGCUAUGUACCGAAGACUUCUACUGUUGCGUUCGAUCAGGAGCUUGCACAAGCAGCUGGAGCAGCAGCAGUCCAGGUUGCAGGAAUGUUAUGGCAUGGUAAUAAAUACCAAGAAAGAAGUGUUGAAACACAUUAACUCAGCCUUGCCCUCACCUUCUCCAUAAUCAUGUUGCUGUAUGUAGAAAUGAGCUUUGUAACGUCACUGGAGCCAUCAGUAAGCUUGCAUGCCAUGAGUUGGAGUCCUCCUAGCCAAGAGUAUGUACCCACAUGUGUGGAGAACAGAAGCAGCAACAGCAGGACAAGAGAAAGGGGAAGGUAAAGCAUUGGCCCCUGAAUUUUUCUGCAGGAAGCUGAAAUAAGAUUAUAUCUGUGCAAGGUGAUGGCUGAUGCACACUUGAGGUCUUAAGCUGAAGCAGGAUAUAAAAAGUAAACAAAUGUAUUAAAAAAGGAAAAAAAAUAUAUAAAUAAAUGGGAACCGAGUCUGACACAUGAUCAGUAAAGGUGAUCUGAUGCUAAAGCUGCAGCCCUUUAAAUAUGGUAAAUCACUUCAGCAUUAAAGGAACUUCAGCAGAAUAUAUAUAUAUAUAUAUGUAUAUAUUUUUUUUUUUUUCUGUCUCCUCAAGGAUACCCAAGCCUAGAAAGCCAGGAUAUUUGACGAACUUAAGCUCGGGAUUGAUAUCUACCCAGCUGCCUGUUUUUCACAAAACUGCUAAGGCCAUUUUAUGUUUCUGACCUCUACCCUCCUAUAAGGAAGGUAGAACAGUACAGAGAACAGGUAGAACACGUACAGAGAAGCAGCACAAUUGCCUAAGCCUUAUUUCCUUAGGAAAGCAAGCUAGAAACAAAGGCUUUAUAAUCUGAUGUUACAUUAGAAGCCCAGACUAUCAGUGCCAGGGGAAUGUUCAAGGUCUGCACAAUUAGUAAUCUGCUGCUAACUCCCAAUGGCACUAGUGUCUGCAAAUCAAGCAUAUUUUGUGCCUUACUGCUGUCAUUUAAUGGAAGUUGGUGACAAUUAGCACUUUUUAUCCAGGUGUAUUAGACACUUGGAAAACCCUAGAGCAGUUUCUCCAAUUGCAAGGUUAGGAUGCCUGCAGGAAAUUUGAUGUCAGUAAGUAACAAACACACACAGGGAAAAUUAAAGAAGAAAGAUACAAGUUUGUUGUUGUUGUUUGUUUGUUUGUAUGCAUUAAAAAGGCAAUUUGUUUCCCUAUCAUUGAACAGCAAAUUGAAGAUUUGAAUGUGCUGGUUUAGAAUCUGAAGCAAAAAUGCAAAAAUGUUUUGAGAACAAAAGACAUUGGAAAAACUUCAUUUUCUGUAUGCAAUUCUGAUGAUGCCACCUUUUCUUUUACCCUGUUUGUUAGAAAUGUUUCGGUAGGUGAGCAACCUUUUUUUCUUUUUUUUUUGUAAAUCAUCUAUUCCUUACAUGAAAAGGCAAGUCUAUUAUUAAAUGUCAUAUUUUUCUGUGAAUAAUAUGCUAUAUAUGGGAAACUUUUUCUCCGUGUCUUUUUUGUGUGCUAAUAGAGGGAGGGUGUGUGUGUGUUUGUGUAUGCAUGCAUACCUAUAUACAAGUGGUCAUGAAAGGUUGGCACUUCAUUUCCUGUAGCAGAAUAAUCUCUCAAAAUAAUCUCUGCUGUCUAUGAGGAACUGGUUGAUUAGAUUCACAUGCGCACAUCUGUGAGCAAGGUAUUGAAGUAAUUCAACAAUUGAAGUGCAGCACAACAUUGUCAUUGUUCCAUCUUUAUAUUUCCUUGCACCCAAAGUUAUGGAAGCCCUCUGGGUAUGCGCAAUGUUAGAUGGGCUUAUUUAUCUCCUUGGGCCCUUGCAUAGCCUCUUACACAGCACAAGCCUGGAAUUUUGUAUGCAGAAUUACUGUAGAAACAUCGUUGGCAUCAAGGAGAUAGCAUCCUCAUUUGGGGAUUUAGGUUGCCAGGGACCUUUAGUGGGCUGCAAUAAUGAGUUCUGGGGAUCUAUGUGACUAUUACUCCUGUGUUCUGAACCCACCCAGCUCUCUGCUCAAUCUUGGGAAGGUUAUUCUCUGUCAGUAAUGCAGGUUUACCAAAGAACACUUAAAUACUAAAUUCAGCUCAGAAGUAAUUUGUUCUGUCUUAAUAUGCGCUCCAGGAAGGAAAGAUGAUCAUGGCCAAGAGGGAUGUGCAAAGAUUUUGUUUGGUUGUUUGUUUUAAAUGCCUGAACUAUAAAUAAAUAAAUAAAUAAAUAAAUUUCAUUGGUUAAGAGUGAAAGUAAGUGUUAUGUUAAACCAAACACAAGGAGACCACUAUUAAUUAGGUUGUGUCUCUUGGGGAAAGAAGUGUUGAAGAAGGGGCACAUCUCUCAAAACUAAAUAAAUGCAAAACUACUAAAUUCUGAAAUCAAAUGUCAGAUUGUUUCCAUUAGGAAGAAGACUAAAAGAUGUAUAUUGGCAUAAACUGUGUUUGAAGAAGAGUUAAUAAUUUUUUUUUUCUUCUGAAUUAAAUUCAACUUGGCUAAUACUAUCAUGUCAUUGAACUUUAUGUAUGCAAACAAAAGUAAGAUAAAGUAGCUAUUUUACCUCAGCAGCUGCUGUAGUAUUGCUCCGUCCAUUACUAAUGCUGCUACCUAUACCUAUAAUACCAAUUGUUUUAAAGAUGACUUGAAAAAUGUUGAAAAAUAUUGCUCACACAAAACACCAUGCAGCAAUAGUUGAGUUGUCAAUCUGUACAACUGUAAGUGCUUUGUGACAAUCUUUGUUUAUGCAACACCUCUCAUAAGAUUUCUUGAGCCUUAUUAGAAUCAGUAGACGCUUCCACACUGUGAAUAUUAAAUGCCAAGAGAUCUGUGCAUGAGCAAUGCUGUUUGAUAGCUGGCAAGAAAAUGAAGCCACAAUCUGUUCUGUGUAUGCAUGAUCUUUCAAGUA